AUGGCCCUGGGACAGAGGCUGUUCAUCACUAUGUUCCGGGGAGUAGGACGUGUUCAGGGCACGCUGCAGGCUCUCGUCUUCUUAGGCGUCCUAGUGGGCAUGGUGGUGCCCUCGCCCGCCGGCACCCGCGCCAACGGCACGCUACUGGACUCCAGAGGCUGGGGCACCCUCUUGUCCAGGUCUCGAGCUGGGCUAGCUGGAGAAAUUUCGGGUGUGAAUUGGGAAAGUGGCUAUUUGGUGGGCAUCAAGCGGCAGCGGAGACUCUACUGCAACGUGGGCAUUGGCUUCCACCUCCAGGUGCCCCCCGACGGCCGGAUCAGUGGAACACACGAGGAGAACCCCUACAGCCUGCUGGAAAUUUCCACAGUAGAGCGGGGUGUAGUGAGCCUCUUCGGUGUGAAAAGCACCCUCUUCAUUGCCAUGAGCAGCAAAGGAAGAUUGUAUACAACGCCCAGCUUCCAAGAGGAAUGUAAGUUCCGCGAAACCCUCCUCCCAAACAACUACAACGCCUACGAGUCAGACCUGUACAGAGGGACCUACAUUGCACUGAGCAAACACGGACGGGUAAAGCGGGGCAGCAAGGUGUCCCCAAUCAUGACUGUCACUCACUUCCUUCCCAGGAUAUAA